ACUCCAGCUGGACAGACUGCUUGUUGUUGAGAGGGUUUAGAUGACAGUAACUAGCAACUACUGACUAGUGGGUUGGAGUAACUAACUAGUCAGUAUGAAAACCCACCUGGUUGUGUCCUGCUGUCUGCUCUGUGCUGUGUGUGUGGAGGUGUCAGCAGGGAUCCAGGCGUCUGGGGAGGAAGGAGGAGAGGUUGUGAUCAGGUGCACUAUGGACAAUGCACGGCUGUCCAUCACAGAUAAUGAUAAGUACUUCUGUAAGGGUGAAUGUUUCUUCAACAGUGACAUUCUAGUGCAAACUGAGGGGGGGAAGAACUAUGCACAGAAAGGAAGAUAUGAGAUCGAUGACCGUAGAGAUGGUACCUUCACUGUGACCAUCUCUCGACUGCAGAACUCAGACUCAGGGAGGUACCAGUGUGGAGUGAGUAGAACCGGACCAGAUGUACUCCAGGAGGUGAAUCUGACAGUGAGGAAGGCUACACCUAGACCCUCCACUGUGAAGCCCAGACCUGUAACACCGUCAUCUAACCUUCCUACACCGUCAUCUAACCUUCCUACAACAUCAUCUAACCUUCCUACAACGUCCUCUAACCUCCCUGCAACAUCUCCUAACCUCCCUACCACGUCUCUGACCACUGAGGCUAAUACAUCAUCUGAAUGGGGUAUGUUGGUGGUGUAUGCCGUUGUGGGCCUGGUCGUCACGAUGACUGUGUUGGCCCUGGCCCUGCUGGUGUUCUACAGGAAGUGGAGAGCAGGAAACAGGAAGUCACCAGAGCUCUCCUACUGCCUGGCCCUUGACAACCAUGCUGCAGGACAGGGUGACUGUCUCCAGGGUGACUGUGUGUACGAUGAGAUCAGAGAGCAGGACAGACAGACAGACUCUCUCCCUGCUGGUGCCUCUAGUGUCGCCUCUCCCUCAGCGAGGCCUGCUAGCUGCUCUGCUAGCUGCUCUGCUAGCUGCUCUGCUAACUGCUCUGCUAGCUGCUCUGCUAGCAUCCUCAAUGACUUGUAUGAAAACGUUAGCUUCGCUAAAGAAUCAAGCUACUCUACUGUGAUCUUCCCCAAAGACGCUAUCAAUCCCAACUGCUCCACUGUGGGUAUCUCCCCGGAUGGUUCUGCCACUGUCAUCUACUCCACUGUGACACACAGAGAUUCUAGAAUCCUCCCAGCCCCUCCCACUGUGACCUCAGCAAACGGAACUCCAGAAGAUCUGGUGUAUUCUAUGGCCCAGCGACCCGAAGAUGCUGCAGAACCUGCAAGAUUCUCCACUCCUGACCAGAGCCAAGAUUCUCCAGAGGAAGAUCUCGUCUACUCCAUGGCCCAGUUACGUGAAGACCUGCAGCCCUCCUCGGGGUAGGGUGACUGAGACACACCAGAGACUCUCUCACAACGUUACAACACCACAGAACAGUUUGAAGUGCAGUUGGUCUGACCAGGU